GACCUUAUUGCGAGUGAUCCCUGCUGUUUCGAGUGAGCUGGAUGUGCUUGAGAAGUACGGAAUCUACGGACUGAUAAGCGUUGCUAUUUGGAAAUAGUGGAACUGGAAAACAGCUUCCACAAAUUUGCAACACUCUUCCUUACUUUCUCCCUCAUAGACCAGGCUACUGGUCAUUUUAAACCAGUUCACGCCGUUGUUCUGCCUUUGGUCCUCGUGUUGUGGUUACGAAAGCUUAGCGUGUCUUAAGGUGGAAGCAGUCCCUUGUCAAGAUGCUGUCUUCGGGCAGGAGCGUCUGUUCCCGGCUGCUGAGUCCGUUAACAAGGCUCUCUCUCAGGUCGGGUUAUGAUGGAAGAGCCGCAAGUACUAUGCAAAAAGAGUUGAUAAAGAAACGUGAACUGGACAUAGAUGAGCUCCGCCCACUCUAUAUGGAUUUUCAAGCCACAACACCAAUGGACCCCCGAGUUUUGGAUGCCAUGUUGCCCUACCAGGUAAACUAUUACGGUAACCCUCACUCCAGGACUCACGCCUACGGCUGGGAGAGUGAAAAAGCUAUGGAGACUGCAAGAAAGCAAGUAGCUGAUCUUAUUGGAGCUGAUCCCAGAGAGAUCAUCUUUACCAGCGGAGCCACUGAAUCCAACAACAUGGCCAUCAAGGGUGUGGCCAGAUUCUACAAGGGCAAAAAGAGUCAUGUAAUAACUACACAGACAGAACACAAAUGUGUCUUAGACUCGUGUCGAGUCCUGGAAGCUGAAGGGUUCAACAUCACAUACUUGCCAGUACAGAAGAACGGAGUGUUAGACUUGGAGCUACUGGAGGCCUCUAUACGUCCUGACACAUCUUUAGUAUCUGUGAUGACUGUCAACAACGAGAUCGGAAUCAAGCAGCCUAUCAAGGAAAUUGGUCAGAUUUGUCGCUCUAAAGGAGUUUUCUUACACACGGAUGCUGCUCAAGCUGUUGGAAAGAUUCCCAUUAGUGUCUCUGACUGGAAGAUUGACCUGAUGUCUAUCAGUGCCCACAAGAUAUAUGGACCCAAGGGUGUGGGGGCAUUGUAUGUGCGUCGUCGGCCCAGGGUUCGUUUGGAACCUCUGCAGAACGGCGGUGGUCAGGAGAGAGGGCUGCGUUCUGGAACAGUCCCCACCCCACUGGCUGUUGGACUGGGAGCAGCCUGCAGCAUCGCUCAGCAGGAGAUGGAGUAUGAUCAUCAGAGAGUGUCUAUGCUGGCUGAUCGUCUGGUUCAGAAACUCAUGUCUGAGAUACCUGAGGUCAUAAUGAAUGGGGAUCCAGAGCAAAGAUACCAUGGCUGCAUCAACCUGUCUUUUGCCUACGUGGAGGGAGAGAGUCUGUUGAUGGCACUCAAAGAUGUCGCUCUGUCAUCAGGCAGUGCCUGUACGUCUGCAUCUCUAGAACCUUCAUAUGUUCUCAGAGCCAUAGGAGCAGAUGAAGACCUGGCACAUUCUUCCAUCAGGUUUGGAAUUGGCAGGUUCACCACAGAGGAGGAGGUGGACUACACAGCUGAGAAAUGCAUUGGACAGGUCCGCAGACUCAGAGAGAUGAGCCCCCUGUGGGAGAUGUUUCAGGAAGGUAUUGACCUGAAGAGCAUCAAGUGGACACAACACUAAUCUCCUACAACUGCCAGUCAUAUCGCCGCCUCAUGGUGACUACAGUAAAGAUGGUUUCCAGUCCAGCCAUUUUUGUUUCUCUACACAAACACGCACAAAGAUCCUGCCAAACUUGAAGUCUGUGGCAGUGGUUGUGUCCACACAACUCUCCUUCAGUUGUUGAGGGAGCUAUUCAAUUUCCAUUUUUAUUAUUAUUAUUAUUAUUCCUUUCUGCAAGUUAGGAUUAUUAUCUGAAUUGUAACUUUACCAAGACAGGACAAGACUUCAGACAUGCUCUGUCUACCACUCUAUGUGAGAACUUGGCAUUGUGCUCUUUCUGAAAUAAAACUAAAGUUGUCAUUUGUUAAAACAUUAGGUUUCCAAUUGUGACCUUUUGUUAAGUCAUCUGUGAAGCUUCUGACGCACAUUGUUUUGUUUUCUUCUUUGUCUAUGAAUAUAUAAACACAAUAAACUGCUGCUUAAUCAUGUUUAUACAAUAAAAUAUUGAAUCAUA